AUCCUCUUCCUCGUGCGGCUCCUCCGGUGAUCGAUCGAUUUAUGCUGAUCCGCUCGUAGGUAAUUUUUGAUCUUUUUUUUUUUGCGCACAGUUCUUGAGAUUGUGGAAGAGGCGAGGUACGAUGCAGCAGCAGCUAGCUGCAGUCUGCAGACAUGCGGACAAUAUGCAAUUAUUUCAUAAACUAGUAAGUACUACUAGUUCUUUUGCACGGUUUUUUGUUUUUGUUUUGUGCCAUUAGUACUUCAAAACUGCAAUACAGCACUAGCAUUUCUUCAGUACUUGCGUAUUUGGCGAUUAAACUUUAAUUUCUCACCCUGAUCGACGCACCUUAGUUAAUUCGAUGUUUGGAGUAGGCUGGAAGGUGCUCCACUACUUCCCAGAAUCGCCUAAACCUGUUCCAACUUGCAUAUUGAUAUAGUUCCUGAAAGGAAUCAGAUUCGUAUGUCGCCUUCAGAGCAUUUUCCCUGGGAACCAAUACUUGAAUUUUGUACUAGUAAAUUGUAGGGCCACCACGAAGGGAAGACAGAGAUGUGGUGAUCUGUGUGUGCAACAACCACAAACCACACUGUUUAUUUAUUUAGUUAGUAAGCCUGUGCCGAGUCUAGUCGUCAAGUCAAUGGCAAAAUGAACACAAUGAUGCAUGGCUCCGACCAAACAAAAGAGAAUAACUUUGGUAGGCGCUUUCCUUGCAAUUUCUCCUCAGUAAAGGAAGGUACAAAAGCGUGUUCCCUCCAUGGACCAGAUACCUUAGGUGAAGAAAAACACAAACCUUCAUGCAACCACCACAUCACUUGUAAAAUCUCGCAUAGCAGAACUCUACCUGGCCGGUGAUAGAGCGAGCGAUGGAGGCUGCUCUUGUCACCGUUUCUAUGGGGGUGAUCAAGCCCCUCCUGUCCAAGCUCUUCAAGCUGCUGGGGGAAGAGCACGCCAAGCUCAAAGGCGUGCGCUGCGACGCCAAGUUCAUAGGAGAUGAGAUGCACAGCAUGCAGGCUGCGCUAGAGACUCUCGCGGAUGAAGAGCAACUCGAUCCUGAGAUGCGAAUUUGGAGGGAUGCUGUCCGCGAGCUUUCCUAUGACAUGGAGGAUUGUGUUGAUGACUUUGUGGCUCGUGUCGACCAUGAUCAUGAUGGACGCACGGCCUUUAAGAAGUUUGUUGACAAGUUGAAGAAGUCGAAAUAUCAACAUCGGACUGCUAAUGAGAUCGGAAAACUCAAGACCCGUGCAACUGAGGCAAGCGAGAGGCACAAGAGGUAUAAUAUUGUGCGGCCAACAUCUGACAUUAGCACUUGUGCCAUUGACCCCCGGCUGCCUGCGCUUUAUGUGGAGGCUGAUGACCUUAUCGGCAUUGAUGGUCCUAAGGCUGAUAUCAUUGACUGGUUUCAGUGGGAAGCUACUUCCACACAGCUUCAAGUGCUUUCUAUUGUUGGUUCUGGAGGUCUUGGUAAGACUACUCUAGCAAACCAAGUCUAUCAUGCAAUUCGAGGCCAAUUUUCAUGUGCAGCUUUUGUCUCUGUUUCUCGGAAACCUAAUAUGAGAAAGAUUCUAAGAGAUAUUGCUAAAGGAGUUGGGGCCACAGACAAUACACAAGAUGAUGAUGUGCAGCAACUGAUUGAUAAACUCAGACAUCAUCUCAAAGAUGAAAGGUACUUCAUUGUAAUUGAUGAUGUGUGGAGCGCAGAACAGUGGAAAACUAUCAGCUUUGCAUUACUGAAUAAUAAUUGUGGGAGCAGAAUUAUUACUACAACACGUAAUAAUGAAGUUGCUUCAUGUUGUUCAUCACGUGUUGGUCGUGUUUAUGAAAUGGAACCCCUUAGUUUUGGAGACUCAAAAAGUUUGUUUCUGAGAAGAGCAUUUGGUUCUGAGGAUUCAGGCCAUUCUCAUCUGGAAGAAGUCUCAAAUGAGAUAUUAAGAAAAUGUUCCGGCAUACCAUUGGCUAUUAUUACGGUGUCUAGUUUGUUGGCUGAUCAGCAUGCAGAAGAUGAGUGGAAAAGGGUGUUGGCUGCUAUUGGUUCUGCUCUUGCAAAGGACCCUGGUGCUGAUAAGAUGACAAAGAUAUUAUCUCUGAGCUACUUCGAUCUUCCUCACCAUCUGAGAACUUGUCUGUUGUACUUGAGUAUGUUCCCAGAAGAUUCUACUAUCCACAAACAACAUUUGAUACAUAUGUGGAUUGCUGAAGGAUUCAUUCGUGAAGAACAAGGGCGAAGUCGACAUGCAGUAGGCGAGAGUUAUUUUAAUGAGCUCAUUAACCGAUGCUUGAUCCAGCCAGUUGAUGCAAAGUUUGACCAGGUGGAAUCAUGCCGAGUUCAUGACAUCAUUCUUGAUUUCAUCACAUGCAAGGCUGCUGAAGAGAAUUUUGUCACUUCAUUCAAUGAUGUUGAACAUGGGCACAACUCACAUCGCAGAGUCCGCAGGAUCUUUGUUGGGAAUAGCAAUAAUGAAAAGGUUACCAUAGCGGCAAGCCCGAUUCUCUCUCAUGUUCGGUCACUCAUUGUAUGUGUGCAAUACCCGCAAGUUUCUCUGUUGGCUUUCCCACCAGCUCUUCGUGUCUUGGACCUAGGAAAGUGCUGGUGGUUAGAAGAUCAUCAUAUUGCAAGUAUUGAAAAGUUGUUUCUUCUUAAAUACUUGCGCCUUGCAAAUGUUACCCUCCUCCCAAGAAAAAUUGGAGAACUGCAGUAUUUGGAGACACUAGACAUAACAAAAACCAGAAUUCUAGAACUGCCGUCAGCUGUUACAUGCCUUCAACGGUUGACCAGUCUAUAUAUUCAUGUCCACACGAGCUUUGUAGACGGAAUGAUUGGUAAAAUGCAAAGCUUGGAAGAGCUAAUGACGUUUGGUGUCCACUCCUAUGAACAAGGGAAGUCACUGCAAGAACUCAGCCAGCUAACCAAGCUGUGGAGAUUGGAAGUACUACUAGGGUUUGAAUUGUGGGAAGGAACAGGUCAAAUUGAGGACCUUCACAAUAACAUCGGAACAUUACUAUCUUCAUGCAACCUUCGUCAUCUGCACAUCCGCAAGUGGAGCUCGCCCUUAGCUGUGAAAACGUAUUUUCCACUGUCACUGGAGUCAUGGUGCCUGGCAACUCCUUGUAGCCUUCGAGAGUUCUACAUCACAUACUGCUAUAUUGACAAGGUUCCAAACUGGAUGAGAUUGCUCGGAAAUCUUAGGGAAUUAGAGCUCUAUGUUGUCACUGUGAGACCAGAAGAUGUUGCGAUCCUUGGCUCACUACCAACUUUGCUUUUCCUCACACUUAAGACUUUCCAUGGCACCGAUGGAAGAAUUCUCCUUCAUGGGUUCAGUAGCUUGAAAUAUUUGUGUCUGGAACUGCUCUACUGUGGGACCUCACUCGAGUUUGAAGCGGGAUCAAUGCCAAGGCUUGAGCACCUCAAGCUUGAGUUUCGUGUGCAUCGGAUGGAUUGCCUGAAUGGUUCUUCCAAUUUUGGUAUCCAACACCUCUCCGCCCUCCGCAAAGUUGAGGUCUGUAUUUGUUGCAACUUUGGCAACAGCGAAAAUCCGUUGGCAGGUGUGGAAUUUUGCUUUGGCAAAUACAUUGGAAGCCUUAUCGAAACUGUCAUCAUGACGCUUCCCAACUGUUCCAGUCUCCUUUCAGAGUAUGGAAAUGUAUCAUAUGCAAAUGUGGACUGCGAACAUUACACAACAAUUGUUGGGACGGACUAUGAGAAGGAAGAUGAAGUAGGACAAGAUGCGGGAGCACACCACUGGCAUGUGGGAGGAAACCACCCGCGAAUGUCAUUUGGUUACACACAAAAUGUAAUUUCUCAAUACUCAUCCACCCCCGAAGGUGUGUUCUUCAGGUGGAUGACCUUGAUGGAGACUCACCUGCUGCCGAGACCGGUUAUCCACAAGCGCCGCCGCAGGACAGCGCUGGAGAAAUCCACGCUCAGGACAAGCAUCCAUGUUGCGGCACCGAAUAGUGGACGCCCCGACAGCACCAUUCGAAGCUGCGCCAGGGUGCUGCUUCGUCAGAUGGGGAUCUUUCAAGAGGAUGAGGAGGCUGCGAUCUCAGAAGAGGAUCUUGAUCGCUAUUGGAGAGAGUUUGAUCACCCUCUCGCCGAGCCCCAGAUGGCGGCUUUGGCGGCUCUGUCUAGUUGGUCACUUCCUUGACGAACAACUGAUGGAGCAGACUGUGGUUGCCACCGUGGCCACCGAUGGUUGUGGCCCUUGUUCCUAGCGGAUCCUGCAAGCAUGGUGGUCAUAGCGCGGGGUGGAAGAAAUACAUAGCGCGCCUUGUUUCUCCCAAGUUCGGUGAAAAACGGUACCCUGUACAUAUUACAGGUCAUGACUGAGCCCAGACAACACCGGCCGGACGGUAACCUUCUGCGUUGAGGGCAAGCUGGCGCAGAGACGCAUCUGUCGGCCACACUCAUGCCGCCGUCUGCGUCAGCGGGCCGACGGACGCACGGACAGGUCGCCGUCUCCGUCGCUCUCGUCGGAUUUCAACCAUGCUGUGGCGUUGGAAGAAGGACCGGUGCGAGGGGAUUGCUGUGGACUGGUCCAAUCAAGCAUCCAAGAUGAUGAUAUCCUUAUUCCUUAAGCAUAUACAAAUAGGUAUAUUAUUGCAAUGGUGUAACUUGCCACACAUUCAAAGUGUUGACCACUUUCGUGGUUGUCUCAUGUUGCAGAUUGUUCCGAUAACAAGUGAGAUAUGAGGUUAGGUCACGAUAGUCCAGUCGAUUACAUGUGGCACAUUUGGUGGAUUCACCACUUUAUUUGUCUUCCGCUGUUCAUUUUGGCCUACGGCCAUUUUUGUAAUAAUUGACUAUGCAUUCAGAUUUGAUGCGUUGUAAUAAUGAUAUAACUGUGAUAUUUAUCUCG